AUUAGUGAUCUCAUCAGUUCAACCGAACAUCCCACUCAUAAUGAGUAGAAAGAUGUAGUUCUAUUUUCUUUAUUUUGUAUAAUAUCAUUGAAUUAGAGUAAUUUUCAAACCCAAUCUUGUGUAGCUCCGUUAACUAGCUAGUAAUGUAGCAAUGGCGGACAAUACCAAGGUCGCGCUUGUAGUCGGUGCUUCAAGAGGCAUCGGGAGGCAGAUCGCUAUCGACUUAGCAAAGAAUGGGUAUGCUGUCAUCGUCGCAGCAAAAUUAACAAGCAACGCCAAGACCACCGUGCCGUUCCCGCCAGACCCCAACUCCGCGCAAUCGACCAUCAGCACAGUCGAGCGGGAGAUCGUCGAAGCGGGAGGCCGAGCGACGGCGGUCCCGGUCGACGUCCGGGACUUCGCCAACGUGCAAGCGUUGGUUAGCAAAACCAUCUCGACCUACAACCGUCUAGACGUGCUAAUCUACAACUCCGGGGCAAUCUGGUGGUCCUCAAUCGCCAGCACGCCAAUGAAGCGAUUCCAGCUAAUGCAGCGUGUCAACCCCGAAGGUCUCUACGGCGUCAUCCAAGCCACUCUCCCACACCUCAAAUCCCGGCACGGGCGAAUCAUCGUCGUCAGCCCGCCAAUCUACAGCCGUUUUUUCCGGGGCAAGACCGCGUACGCGAUGGGGAAGGUAGGGAUGAGCGUGUUGACGAAAGGACUCGCGAUGGAUUUCGAAAGACAGGGGUUAGCGGAGAUGGCGAUAACGAGUUUAUGGCCCGCGGCCGCGAUCGAGUCUGCUGCGACGGCGAAGAUGACGCGAGAGAACCCGUCGACGGCGAAGGAUCUGCGUAAAGCGACGAUCUUCUCUGACGCUGUCCUCGCUAUCCUCCGCGCGCCGGCAUCGUCUGUAAACGGCGAACUACUCCUCGAUGAAGACUACUUGCGCAGCGUGGGGGUAACAGAUUUCUCGCAGUACUCUGUCGUCCCUGGUUCCGCUCCGCGACGCAUAAUGCCGGCGACGCUGCCGGAUUUGACGGUGGCGGAGCAGGAUGACGAGGGUCAGAGGAUGGAUAGCGCGAAGGAUAGGGGUGGGGCGAAGUUGUAAUUUUUGAUGAUUUAUAUGGGUAAAGUAUAUUGUUAAGUAUGUAAAGGGACUGGAAUUUUUAGGUAUUUACCUAGUAUGUUGAAUAUAAUAAUAUUGCCU